GUUCGGUGUAUAGACAGUGCAAAUAACAAUUAAAUAUUCACGUCUUUAUCACUAACUUUUGACUUAAUACAAUGAAACUUGGUUAAUAUACUUCAGGAAUUUAAUAAGAAAAUGGGAAAGAGCAUUUAAUGUGUAAAUAUUUCACGGUGUUGAAAUGCUUAAUUGUCAGUCCAAUGAGAAAGAAUUUGUUUCGCAUCUGACUGCUCACAAGUGAACUCGAAUAUUUAAAGAGAAAUCGGACUUUUCAUAUUUUUAUGCGUAACUGUUUUAAAUUAUAUGUGUGUGUAUAAUGUGAAAAGUGAAGGAAACGUAAAUCAUAAAUUGGUCAAGUGCGUAAAGCCAUUUCACUCAGAGAGGAGUCGGCUUCAAUCAUAAAUACUUAGAUUACAUUUUCAAUUUCUGUUUACACAUGCAUAUGUAUACUCUUGCCUAUUUGUACAUGUGCAAAUGCCCUUAUAUAAGUAUUAGGGUUACACUAAUUGUAUACUAAAAUUAUGGUCUUCUGUAAGACAAAAUAAUAAACAAUUGCAAUAAAAGCUGAAAGAUUGAUAACCAAAAACUGGUUGCAUGCAAGAUUAAAAACUCUAAUUCGUGUCCAUUUAAUAAAUUAGUGGCAGCUCUGGUUUUCUCUGAGAAUUACCAAAAGAGAAAUUUCUGUUGUAUGCAGUGGCGGCUUUUGAACCUGAAUAUUCUACUGUGCCCGAAUAAUCUACUCUAUUUAUACAUACACAUGCGUUUUUUACAACGGGAGGUGGACAUUACGUUAAUACAUUACUGGGACUGUCAUAGUGUAUUAAGAAUAAAAUGGGCAACACUAGCACCAUGAAAGAAGUUUUACACCUUGAGUGUCGAGUUAUCUUUUUGCCGCUGUAAAUGUCGAUCCAUUAAAUUCCUAUAUAGAUAAAAAUGUAUAAAUUGGCCAGUGGGCCAAGGCCCGAUCCGUUCAAUGUUCAACAGUUAUGCUAUAAAAUAUUGUCCGAGCAAAACCCUACCUCAAAGCAUUGCAAAUUAUCUUAUCUGCAUGAGGAAGUGUUGCAUUGUGCGAGCCCGCAGCAAGCAACCUCCCUCACUUUUGGGUCUGUAUGGAAUCAAUGAGACGCAGUGAGGUUAACGUUAGCCACCACCCGAAUAAGGUGGCCACUAAUAAAAGCAUAGUUACUGAAAGUAAGCAUCCGAAGUUGGUAGGAAACACUAGUAAUACUGUAGUUAGUCCAGCUUCAAACUUAAAUAAAAGACUAAAUUCGCCGCUUAAACAGCAUCAUUACCAUAACUAUACAAAACACAUCCCACACAAAAAGGUGGCAAGUUCAAAAAAUUUUGGGCAAACAAAAUCUCAUUCAACACAUUCGACCGGAGGUGGUUGUGGAAGCAGUAAGGGAGUCAUUUCUAUAAAUUCAGCUGGAAAACAAGUUAUAGUAAAUGCAGCCGGCUCCAAAGAGAGCCCUGCAGUAUCAGAAGCAACUAGUUCAUCUUCCAUUUCAUGUGAAUCCAAAGAUACGAAUUUCGAAUACGAAGACGAAUGGGACAUUGGAGGUAUCCCAGAGUUGUUAGAUGAUCUAGAUGCAGAUAUUGAAAAGUCAUCAACGGCUGCUCAAAACUUAUCAAAAGCUCACAGUUCUGGUGGUGGCUCAAAUGAUCUUGGGAUAAAUUCUUCAAACUUAAAAGCAACACCCAAAUCUUCAGUAUCAAAUAAAUUAAUUUCAAAAUCGACUUGCUUAGAAACCCUUUUGAAGAAAAAAAAGGCACCUAACACAGAAUUUGGUAAAACUGGUUCGUUGUUGUUGAGGAAAUCUUUAAGUGGGUCAGCCACAACGAAUACAGUUUCGUGCUAUUCGAAUGAAAAGCUUCAAUAUCAGAAAAAAAAUUUAAACCCAAAUCCAAAAUCCCACAUUUGUGAGUCCUCGAGGAAAUCUGAAACCAGCGGAUUUCUAAGCAACAACAAAACAUUUCCCAUAAGAAAUAUUGAAGGCAAAUAUAAACAACAACGAAGUGAACGUAGCAAUUUUAAUCCACAAUUCAUAUAUGAAGAGCACACAACGGAUGGUGACUACGUCAAAAAACUCGGUUCAGCUGCUUCAAAAUCAUCCCAACCGUCUUCCCCAUCGCUCCUAUCAUCGUCUUCUCUAUCUGUAGAUGCUGCACCGAUUACAAGUUGUAUUGAGAGCGUCCAAAAGAAUAGCACAUUAGCCGCCUCGACAUUUGCAGGCUUUUCUAAGGGUGGCAGCCUAGUGUCGUCGUAUGCAAAUCCUUUAACUACAAAUUUCUUAAGCAGUCACUUGAGCCUAACAAAUCAUUGUACAAGCGGCAUGUCAUCGCAAUCUAGUGGUAGUAAUAGCAAUAAUAGUAGUGCGGGAGGUGGAUCUGGGGGAAGUCAGGGUGGAACCCAAGGCAUUGGCAGUUCAGGUAGUGGAAAAUCGAGUGCUAAAAUGUCCAUUGAUCAUCAAGCGACACUUGAUAAGGGACUUAAAAUGAAAAUUAAACGUACCAAGCCCGGCACAAAAACAUCUGAAGCGAAACACGAAAUUGUGAAGGCUACAGAACAACAGCAACAACAACAGAAUGGUGUUAGCAAUCCGAAUAAUUUAGACGAUAACAACAGUAUGAAUACUAGUUCGCAUUCCUCUUCGUCCUCUGGUGGCGCAAGCUCGAGUGGUCCCACUCAAAAUGUGGGUAGUGGCAGCGUGUCAGGCUCAAAUUUAACCAACAUAAGCGGGAGCAAUAAAAAGCAUCUAGGUAAUAUUUCCAGUAGCAAUGGCAGUAGUCAAGGCAAUAGCCACAGCAGUAUGAAUAGUAACAGUCCAGCUUCCGGGAGUGGAUCCACAACCACCGGGAGCAGCGGCCAAGUUACCCCGCAAAGCAAUAAACGUGGUAGUUCGGGUCACAGACGGGAAAAAGCUAAAGAGAAAUCUACACAUUCCAAUCGCUUGAUGGCUGAGAAAAAUGCUUCAUCAGCUGUGGAAAAGGAGAGCAUAGCUAACGUAAGUGAUAAAGGUACCCCAUGUCACUGUAGCAUUGACUCGUCAAACGGUUCUGUGGCAGGUGUUUGCACCAACCACGCUUGUUCUCGUCGAGCGGAGAGUACAAAUAAUUCAGCAAUUACAGUUUUGGCACAGCGUAUCGGCCCUAAUUCUACAAAUAACAAUAUGAGCAGUGGAUCUGUUCCACCAGGCGUAUUCACCCCUUCAGCUAGCUCCUCUUCAGGUGUAGCUACAGCCGCUGCUGCCACUGCUGCAUCCUUACUGGCAGCUACCUCAGCUCCGGCGUCCUCUACACCACAGACGGGCGGAAGUAACAGUUCGCCAAACGCGCCCGGACCACCGGGCAAAGAAACAACAAAUUCUGGCAAUAUCAAAAUAUCUUCACAUAUUGCAGCGCAACUAGCUGCAGUAGCUGCUUCCACUACUUUUAAUAAUAGUGCAUCAAAUUCAUCUACAAACAGUCAGAGCGGAAGUAGUGAUAAAUCAAUCACUGCAAAUGUUUCGACUACGCAAGUAAAACAUAUGGCUCCCGGUAUGAUCUCAGCGACUGUACACCAUACCAUUUCCGUACCCGCGAACUCGUCUUGUAGCAGCUCAACAACGAAUUUGGCAAGCAACAUUGGUGCAUCCAAUAUAAAUACCGCUGGUGAUGAGGGCACCAAAUCUCCUCCCGCUAAGAGAGCAAAACAUGGAGAUCCUUCCAAUACAUUAAGUACUUCAUCAAAAGAAAUGGUUGACAUUUGUAUUGGUACCUCGGUGGGUACUAUAACAGAACCAGAUUGCCUGGGUCCUUGUGAGCCGGGAACUUCUGUAACCCUUGAGGGAAUUGUUUGGCAUGAGACAGAGGGAGGUGUGCUUGUGGUAAAUGUUACUUGGCGCGGCAAAACUUAUGUGGGAACUUUACUUGACUGCACGCGGCAUGACUGGGCACCACCAAGAUUCUGUGAUUCGCCAACUGAAGAAUUGGAUUCACGAACACCAAAGGGCCGUGGAAAACGUGGUAGAAGUGCCGCUCUCACACCAGAUUUAAGUAAUUUCACCGAAACACGAAGUUCGAUAUAUUUUUCACAUGCGCAGGUGCAUUCGAAAUUGAGAAAUGGUGCCACGAAAGGGGGACGUGGCUCUUCUCGAACUGCUGCUACUACCGCAAGUACGUCAAAUGCCGCACCUACGACCAGCAGUAGUUCAUCGGGAAACGGCGGUGGACCAACACCAAGUACAUCACCCACUGCAUUUUUGCCACCACGUUCUGAGAAGAGGAAAUCGAAAGACGACUCACCAUCACCGGUUAACGGAGACUCGGAGUGUUCUACGAAUGUUGCGAAUGCCAGUGGUAUUCCAAUAUCAGCAACUGGAGGGGGUCUAGCUACGCAGCCUCAAAGUCUUGUCAAUCCUGUAACUGGCCUUAAUGUACAAAUAAGCACGAAGAAAUGUAAGACUGCUUCACCAUGCGCCAUAUCGCCGGUGUUACUUGAAUGCCCUGAACAGGAUUGCAGCAAAAAAUAUAAGCAUGCUAACGGACUACGCUACCAUCAGUCGCAUGCUCAUGGCAGUUCUUGCUCUCUGGAUGAAGAUUCCUUACAAUUACCGGAAGAUCCACCAACACCAACUUCAUCACCGGCCCCACCAACACAUCAAAGAUCAGCAUCCCCAACCCCGACUCCCGCAGAAGGUUCAACUCUGACUUCUGUUGGACUGGCGAUACCGCCACCAGUAACACCACCAAUAGCAACUGCAACAUUGAUGUCAACAUCCACUUCUGAAACUCCAAUGCAACCAGCUUCAAUAUUGCCACCUUCAUCAUCACAGCCUGCAGAUGCAGAUGCUACUGCAGACUUAGAAUGUACUACGAAUGUGGUUGGUGUCGUCAAUGCACUCUCAACCGGAACACCAACAGCUUCCUCUCCAAUGCAGAAUACAUCUCCAUCGUUAACUACUGUAAAUUCUGGUUCUAUAAAUGCUCCUAUUGGUGGCGCAUUAACAAACACAAUUACACCAGCGGUGAUACCGCAAUCACAACAACAACAUCCUGUAGCAGGUGGAAGUAUAACUACUGGUAUUUCGGGACAAGGUUUGUCUCAGCAGCAACAACAGUCUCUCGUAAUGCCGAAUGCAAGUAAUAUACCUGCAUUUCAUUCCGAACAAUCUCAGGCAUCCCCUCUCUCUCAGCAAGGAGGAUUGAAACCUGGCGUGCUGAGGUUUGGUCCCCAGAGCGAUGGACCCGGUUCUGGAGCCCCGCCUUCAAUAUUAGCCCUGCAACAACAGGCAUCACAGGGAGCAGCUGCGCAGCAAAUCACCUUAUCUGGACAAAGCCCGCAACGAGCACCCACUCAGUUGUCUACGAACUCGGAAAGUGUACAACAACAACUUCAAUCCUCAAUAAGUACUUAUGCCAGCUCACCUGCCCCAACGGGUCAAACUUUACAAGGUAUGGCAUUAUCAUCAAAAAACGCUUCAGGCUUUUCUGCAGUAAAACAAAAGAAAUGCCGAAAGUCUCCCGGUCCUGUGGAGUUUGAUGGCAUUGCAUCAAGGGACAAUGUGCAGAGUCCUGCAUAUAGUGAUAUUUCAGAUGACUCCACGCCAGUUGGAGAACAGGAUAUCUUAGAUAAAUCACAACCCAAACACAUGGAAUUAUCAAACAAAAAGGCGACUGAUAUGGGCCCUGUGAGUAUGGGAGGUGGUUCGCAAUCCAUACCAUCACUGAGUGGAUAUGGCAUGUAUCAAUUUUAUCAACAGCAACAAUAUUUGGUGCCUCCUACUUCUUCCGAUCAGCCACCACCACAGGCUACUAGCAAAAGCUUAAUGCCCUCUACUCUUGUACAACCAUCACUAACACUUCCUCCCACACAGUCUCAGCAACAAGGUGCAAUACAGUCAUCGCAUUUAAUGCAACAGCCACAUCAACAGCAACAACAACAAUUGCCUCUUCUGUCAGACUAUAGUAACAAGAAUAAAGAUCCACCUCUUGAUUUAAUUACGAAGACAUCGCAGCAACAACAAGCUGUUGGUCAUCAACAGCAGCUACAGUCGCAGGAUAGUGGUACUAAUCAAAAAGACAACCCGUCGGUACAACCGCCACAGGCGACGGUAAACUUAAGCAAUAUAGGUCCUCCAAAUAAUGGUAUGCCACCAGGCAUGGCUUCAAUGUCAUCCUUGGGUCCAUCGGCUGUUGGGCCCGCCGGUUUGUCUACGCCCUCGCCGGCCAAACCUUUAUCACAUUUUUAUCCUUUCAAUUAUAUGACCCCCGGAUAUCCUUACAAUGUAGAACCAAACUAUGGACCUGUAUCAAUAGUUUCAUCAGAUGAUGGAGUAAAAUUAGGAAACCACGGAGGUUUGCCAAGCUCUCAAUCUCAAAAUACUGGGCCUCCACAUUCAAAUCCUGGUGCCAUUAAAGAUGAAAGGAUGAAGGAAAGUCCCAGCCCUCACGAAUGCUCCAAACAAACAGCUCAACAGCAACAGUUGCUUUCAUCGAAGCUCAUUAAAAGCGAACCAUUGACGAAACAGGAGAUAAAACAAGAGCACAAUCCGCCUCUUCAGCCUCAACAACAGCCCCCACCUCCACCCCAGCAACAGCAGCAACCCCAACAGCCACAUGCAUUGCAUCCAAAAGACUUGCAAGGUUUGGGAACAUAUCCAAACAUAUAUCAACGUCAUCCAAUGACUUUGGCUGCACAACAUCUUUCACGGGAAGAGGAAAUAAGAAGGUACUACAUUCUCUCCGAUGAACAGCGACGCCAAAAUGCUGUUGCAGCUCUACGAGCACAAAAUCCCUCCAACAAUGGACCACAUGGGUCUCUUCAAACCCAAGUCCUGACUCAACACAAAGAAGAUGACGGCCGCCCUUCUGCACAGCAUUCGCAGCAGAUGUCAAUGGCACAGCAGCAGCAACAACAACAACAACAGCAGCAGCAGCAGCAGCAACAGUCGCAAAAAAGUAAAUCCCAAUCUUGUUCUACUAAUACCAAUCCAAAUUCAGGCAGCGGUAAAGCUACAAAUCUGACAAAGGAGGUGUCUAAGCAAAAGCAAGAGGAAGAAGUUAAAAUCAAACAGGAGGGCCAGAAGCCUACAAUGGAGACUCAAGGUCCACCGCCUCCUCCGACUUCACAAUACUUUUUGCAUCCAUCCUAUAUUGCUCCAGCACCUUUUAGUUUUGAUCCAAAUCAUCCUAUGUACCGUAACGUAUUAAUGUCGGCGGCUGGGCCAUACAAUGCUGCGCCCUACCAUUUGCCCAUGCCCAGAUAUCAUGCGCCAGAGGAUCUUUCACGAAACACCGGAACAAAGGCGUUGGAUGCACUUCACCAUGCUGCCAGUCAGUAUUACACCACACACAAAAUACAUGAAUUAAGUGAACGUGCACUUAAAUCACCCACCAGUGGUAAUAAUAGUGGGGCAAGUGGAGCCGUCAAGGUCAGCGUAUCUAGUCCUAAUGUGGGCUUACAGCAGCAGUCCGUUAACACUGCUGGUGCAGGUGGUCCUGGCAGUGGUUCCAAUACAGGACAGAAUGCUCCGAAUAGCGGUGGCCAUAUGCCAACUACAAAUCAGUCAUCUCAACAGAUUAGCGGAAUCCCUUUAAAUCUACAACCUCCGCCAUCUGGAUUAAGUGGUCCUCCAAGUAAGUCUGAUGUACUAAAUCAGAAGGUGUUGGUUGGCCCAGGAGGGGCGGGUGGUAGCUUGUCAGGAGGGCCGCUAAAUAUCGAUGCACAUAAACAACAGGGUGGCCCAAACGGACCAAGCAGCGGUGGUAGCAUCAGUGGAGCGACAGCGGGGGGCAAUAACGUUACCGCAGAUUCACGUAGUCCCCCGCCGCAACGUCAUGUGCACACACACCACCACACUCACGUCGGCUUAGGUUAUCCAAUGUACACGGCACCAUAUGGAGCUGCUGUGUUGGCAAGUCAGCAAGCUGCUGCCGUAGCUGUGAUAAAUCCUUUCCCUCCUGGACCUAAUAAAUGAGAUACACAGAAUGAAAAGAACUCAUACAAUAUGAAAACAUAAAGAAUUUUAUUUCGCAUAACAUAUGAUCGAUCGCAUUUAUUUAGAAGCCUCCUAGAAGUGGGUUAAUGCCAUUUCCAAAAUUUUUGUAAAGCACAUUAAACAACAAAUGUAAAUCGAAUCAAUUUUUUUGUGUAAGGCAACGGAGGACUAACCAAUAAAUGAGCUGUUGGUUUGAGGGUUUAUGUAGGCUAUCGUAAAUUAUACCUGUAUAUUAAGCAUUUAAACAGACCCAAAAUCAACACUCAGCACGUGCUUAUAUUGCUAUGAAUCUGAUUAUUUACUAAUAUCGUUCAAUUAGAUGUAAAUUUUUUGGCAGUACAAGGGGUUCGGUGGGCAUCUUAUAAUUAACAGUAGUGGGAAAGAGGGUGGAUGCUUCAGAGGAAUUCGUAAAUUAAUUUAGAGUUCCCGGAAUGAAUGAAUUAUUAAAUAGAAACUUACAUUGUAGUACUAAAAAUAAAACAAAAAAAAAAAGAAACUAAAAAAAGAGUUAAAAGUGAAUGAUUAGAUUUAAUACAAAAGAAGCAAUGUAUUUGCGGUAAAUCACCUUAACCAAGAAAUUGAUUAUUAGAGUUUAAUUACGGGUGACAUAAAUAUUAUAAUGUCAUAUGUAUAUGACUGGUUUUCUAAUGCAAUACCAAUUGAUAUAAAGUAUUCCUCAAGGGAAUAACAAAUAUAUAUAAAACAUUAGAAGUUUAUUUCAAUCAAAAUCCUAAAAUUAAUUUAGCAAACGUUACAACAAAACAGAGUGACAAAUAUAUAAUUUGCUUCCAUCUUCCACCUCUUUCAAUGAACUUUCCUUUUUAUUAUUACUAUUAUUGAAAUCAAAAAGUGACCGUUGAAAAUUGUUACUCUGAUCUCAUCAUCAAUGAUCAUAUUUAUAAAUAUAGAUUUACCAGUCCUAAUAUUCGCUGUAGUACUUAUAUAAUGUGGACAGUAAUCCUGAUUAUGAAUUUAAUGCUACAUUAUAGGUAUAUCUUGUUUGAAGUAACUGAUUGUAACUAUUUGACACAAAAUAUAUUCAAGCACGUAAAAUGUAAAAAAGAAUAGCUAAAGGUUUUCAAAGUACAUAUUCGCUUAGCGAUCGAAACGUUUUCAAUUAUGCGAUCCCGUAAAACACCCAAUUAUCUGACUUAAAGUACUCAUAGAUGUAUAUUGAUAAUAUAUUAGAUCCAUAUAAUUAACCCUUACUCGUUUUAGAGCUUACACAUAAGUCGAUA